GUGGCACCAGUGGAGUCUUUGCACUCAUAAGCAGCUGCAUGUCUGCUACAACUUAGUGGAUUUAACUUAUAAAUAUCUUAUUAACUUAUAAAAAAAGGAAUUAUUAGGAAAAUUAAAAAAAGGAGAAAAAAGCACCUAAAAGUCCAACAUGUCCAGCAACUGUACAGGAUUUGGGCUUUCCUCUUCAUAUAACGAUUCCCUGCAAGACGUUUUGUUGUCCAACAUGUCCAGCAACUGUACAGGAUUUGGGCUUUCCUCUCCAAAUAACGAUUCCCUGCAAGAUGUUUUGUUGCUCAACAUUUCAAACAUGGUGGAAGAUUUUGACUACAACUACAUAGAAGGUAUAAUCUCUCCAUGUAACGAUUCCCUGAAAGAUGUAAACAGCAUAGGGAUUGUGAUCGGCUACAUCGUUGUGUUCUUCCUUGGUCUCAUGGGGAACACUAUGGUGAUGUUUGCCGUGUGCACCAUGAACAAGCACAGAACAUCUACAGACGUCUACCUGAUGCACCUGGCCUUUGCUGACCUGCUGUUCGCGCUCACGCUGCCCUUCUGGGCCGUCUACAUCAACAAAUCCAGUUGGGUUUUCGGCACUUUGCUGUGCAAGUUGAUCUCGGGUGUCCAGGAGUUGGCGUUCUACAGCUGCGUCUUCCUGCUGGCAUGCAUUAGCAUCGACCGCUACAUGGCCAUCGUCAAAGCCACUCAGUUUCUCUCAAAGCAGCAACAUGUAGUGAGGUUAGUGUGUCUUGCUGUAUGGCUAGGGGCCACUGUGCUGUCCAUUCCCAUUGUGGUCCAGCGAGAAGCAAUGGAUAUAAAUUACACAACGCUUUGCUACGAGAACAUAACAGCGGAGAAAAUGGACGAUUGGCGUGUAGGACUACGAGUCCUCCGUCACGUCUUUGGCUUUUUCUUUCCUUUUACAGUCAUGCUGGUCUGCUACGGCUGCACGGUUGGAACCCUGUUUCGCUCACGUAACAGCCAAAAAACCAAAGCAAUGAAAGUGAUCUUCUGUGUGGUGCUGGCUUUUAUCAUCUGCUGGCUGCCUAAUAACAUAACUGAAUUUGUGGACACACUGAUGCGAGGUGGGCUGAUCAGCGACUCCUGCGAAAAUAGAGAUCAUCUUUAUGUGGGCAUGUAUUUCACUCAGGCUUUGGCCUUUAUGCACUGUGCCAUCAAUCCCAUCCUCUAUGCCUUUGUGGGCAAGAAGUUCAGGAGCCAUCUGCUCACUUUGCUAUCGAGAAAAGGACUGGUGUCCAGAGAAGUGUUUUUUCGCUACCGAGCUGGCUCAGUCUACAGCACGGCAAGCACCAAACACACUUCUGUCACUCUGUAAAGCUUCUGUUAACAUUUAUACCUGUUUUUUUACUAGAAGCAGCUUAAAACAAUAUGAGCUCACCUCAGUCAGGACCUUCCAGGACCUGCAGAUCACAGACAUCAUAAGUUCAUAUAUGAAAUUAUGGGCAUCAUACGGAAAUAAGAGCAACUAUCUGGCUAUAAAUGGAAAAGUGGACAGGUCUUUGAGUUCAUAAAUAGUUCAAGUUAAGUUGAUAAGUAAGGACAUUAUUGUUAUUCAAUCUCUUGUAUUUUCAAAUAAUUUGUCAGCCAGCUACUUAACUUUAGCUACCUUGAGAGGAAGUGAAAUAAUCUCACUGCUAACACGGCAACUAUAACUAUAACACCUACAGUUAUAUUCAUAAUUUUCUGUAAUCUAUCCUGCUAAUAGUAGUUAGCUUGCUAACAUGAUUUCUGUGGAUUUUUAGGCAUAGAUUUCCCUAAUCUAUACUGCUAAAGGUAUUUAGCUACACUAUAUUGGCACAUGUUUUGGGACACCCCUCCAAAUCAUCGAAUUCAUGGGUUGGGCUCGGCCCCUUAGUUCCAGUGAAAGGAACUCUUAAUGCUUCAGCAUACCAAGACAUUUUGGACAAUUUCAUGCUCCCAAUGUUGUUGGGGAUGACCCCUUCCUGUUCCAACAUGACUGCACACCAGUGCACAAAGCAAGGUCCAUAAAGACCUUGGAUGAGUGAGUUUGGUGUGGAGGAACUUGACUGGACUGCACAGAGUCCUGACCUGAACCCGAUAGAACACCUUUGGGAUGAAUUACAGCAGAAACUGUGAGCCGGACCUUCUCGUCCAGCAUCAGUGCCUGACCUCACAAAUGCACUUCUAGUGGAACGGUCAAAAAUGCCCAUAAACACACUCCUAAACCUUGUGGAAAGCCUUCCCAGAAGAGUUGAAGCUGUUAUAGCUGCAAAGGGUGGGCCAACUCCAUAUUACAUUCAUGUGCAUGUAAGGGCUGGUGUUCCAAAAUGUUUGGCAAUAUAGUGUAUAUUCAUAAUUUGUCCUGAUAAUAGUUAGCUUGCUAACAUGAUCAAACUUGAGAGGAUUUCUAGGAGGAUUUUUUUUUUAGGCAUAGAUUUCCCUAAUCUAUAUUGCUAAUGGUAUUUAGCUUUCUAUCAGGAUCAAACCUGACAAAAAUGCUGACAGGAUUUUUCAGGCAUAAAUGAUCCUAAUCUAUACUGCUAACUGGAUUUAACUAGCUAUCAGGAUCAAAUAGCAUUUUUAAAAAUCAUUUUCAUAAUUGUUCAUAAUCUCUACUGCUAGCUCUAGUUAACUAGUGACAGCAGGUCUGAGAAGAUUUUUUAGUCAUAUUUGUAAAUGUUCCUAACAUAUAUGCUAGUGUAGUUGCUUGAUAUUUUGGAUUUUUUAUGAUAAAUGUUGCUUAUAAUGAUAUACACAGCUAUCAGUAGUUAGCUAGCAAACAUGCUCAAACCUGAUCUGUCACAAAGGAUUUUUAAAGUUAUGUACAUAGAUUUUUCUAAUCUGAAUGAUAACAGUAGUUAGCUAGAUAGCUAAAAUUUGAGACAGGAUUUCUGAAUCUUUUAAUUUACACAGCGAACAGCAGCUAGCUGUGUGCUAAUGUGAUCCUGACAGGAUUUCUGUGAGGAUUUUUCAGUUAUAUUCAUGAAUGUUGCUAAUCUAUACAGCUAAUGCUAGUUAGUUAACCAACAUUCCAGAUUCCAGAAAGAUGUUUUUUAUUCAUAUUAACAAAUAUCCAUAAUCGAUACUGUUAAUAGUAGCUAGCUAGUUACCAUGAACAGACCUGACAGAAUUUCUAAGAGUAUAUUUUAAGUCAUACUGAAAUAUGUUUUUCAUCCAUCUAGCUAACAAUAGCAAGCGAGCUAGCACAAACAAACGAGUAUUUUUAAGUCAUUUUGAAAUAUGUUUUUCCAUCUAUCUAGCUAAAAAUAGCAAGCUAGCUAGCAUGAACAAAACUUACAGGAUUUCUAAGAGUAUUUUUAAGUCAUAUUAAAAUAUUUUUUCCACUUAUCUAGCUAGCUAGGGCAUUAUUGUAGCGAGCUAGCCAGCUACCAUGAACAAGCUGACUGGAUUUCGAGUCUUUUUGAGCCAUGAAAAUAAACUAUUUCCAUCUAUAUCGCAUCUAGCUAGCUAACGUUUUGAGCCAGAUUCAUAAAUGUUCAUAUUUAGAUGUGUUCAGCGCCUUUGCCGAUGACUCAAACCCAUGGGUUAGGGUAAUUAGUUAACUAAGUGAUCUUAUCUCACUGAUUUAAGGAUAAAGACUUCUUCUGAGUUUACUCAGAAAAUAUUUAAAUAUAUAAUUCCAUAUAUGAACUGAAAGACUUGCUGGUCUGCAGACCGAUCUUUCUAGCUCAGCUUGAUUUCUAAACAUAUCUUGAUUUAUUUUUUAAACCCUAUUUGUGACGCCUAACCAAAAGGGUGAUGAUAGUGGAGGUGCGCCAUGUUUUUAGAUUAAUUUUACAAUCCCAGGUACAAUACCUGUCAUCAGAAGGACUCAUGAGGAAGGACUUAUCAGCAUCGCUUGUAUUAAAGAGAUGGAAAAAACGAUUUUACACACCAGUGGUUCAAUUAGAAAGACUGGAGUACUGUGUAUCGUUGAUAAAGAGACAAAAAGAGGAACUGAAAAAAAUUUUUUUGCAAAAAUACCUUUAGGGUGAAAAAAAAAGAAAGAAGCAUUUUAUAUUUUCAAAUGUUUUUUGUCUUUCUUUUUUUCUUCCUUCCUUAUCGACAAAAUAAACAACAUAAAUUGAUUAAAUCUCUCCUUUUCACUUUUUGUUGUUUUCUUUUACUUUACCUACACCCAAGGGACGGUGUGAAAGAUCCAUAAAAAUAAUCUCACUCUGCAGAUGGACGUUCUGUAGUAACACCUGGGAAUGUUUUAAAUAGACCUACUUGAAACAUGAGGUAUGAUUUCUCAACAUUACUGUUAACCUAAGAGUGGCAAUGCCUCAUAUAUUCGAUGCGUUAUAAGAACAAAUAACAUUAAAAUUACACAUAAAAAAUAAACACUUUUCCUCCUCAAGCCGAGAAGUGUUUUCUUUCUUUAUCUGUUUAUACCACAUAAUCCAUAAAUGAGUCAAGCAAGACAGGUGCAGGAGGAACUUUUCAAAACUGAUAACAAUCUGCAGAAUUUGUCAUUUAAGCUUCACUGAUAAGGGAUUUCUUUGCAAAGGUUCUCUUUUGCAGCAUCUUAUCUUAUCUCACUGAUUUAAGAAUAAAGACUUCUUUUGAGUUUUGUAAGUUUACUCAGAAAAUAUUUAAAUAUAUAAUUCCAUAUAUGAACUGAAAGACUUGCUGGUCUGCAGACCGAUCUUUCUAGCUCAGCUUGAGUCCUAAACAUUAUCUUGAUUUAUUUUUUACACCCUAUUUGUGACGCCUAACCAAAAGGGUGAUGAUAGUGGAGGUGCGCCAUGUUUUUAGAUUAAUUUUACAAUCAUCAGAAAGACUUAUGAGGAAGGACUUUGCUUGUAUUAAAGGAGAUGGAGACAAACAUUUUACACACCAACGGUUUCAUGUUUUCUCGUCACGCCAGCAGCAAAUAUAAAAUAUAAUCAGUCUUUAUUUCCUUCUGUGAUUUUUUUUGCUUUUUUCCCCCUGAUAUUAGUGAGACACUGUUGUGUUACAGAGAAACCUCGUUUCCUCCGUCCUUUUCCGUGAUGAAAAAAUAACUGAGAAGCAAAAUGAAAAACAAACCUUACGAGAAAAUAAUAAAAAAAAGAAAAGAAAAGAAAACUCACACAAAUGAUUUCGUGUUUAUGUGGAACAGCUGCCAUACCUGUAUCAGUUGAUUAUAUUAUAGAAAUGAUAAUGUAUUGGAAGUAGUGUGU